GCGCUCAUUUUAUUAAUCAGACUGUCAAUUUCACCCCAGAGGCCAACCCCAGGAGCCAUCUAAAACAGACUCAGAUCAGAAGCUGCUCGCUCCUCACUUCUCCUCUCUCUCUCCACCUGGAUAUACGCGUCUGGCCGAUCAAGGGCCGACUCUAUCAACCGAUGACAGUCUCUCUCCUAUUUAUUUGCUUAUAAACCUGUUACAAUAAAUGAUCAUUCGAGCCGCGUCACGCGCACCUUUAACGACGAAGGCGCAAACCACUUUUUGAUGAAUGACUUUCUGGACCAGAGAGGAUGCGCGGGUCAUUUUGAGCAGUCAUUCGUUGCCCGCACUGGCAUUCCUCUGUUUUUUUCUUUUGCCUUCCAGCUCAUAAAGGUGUUAUAUUAUUUAGAGGCGGCAGCUGAGCUGAAUGCGGAUUAGAUCCGCCACCAGUCAUCGGAGCACCAGCCCUGGGACUUUGGAUUUUUUCCGCACGACUUCAUGAUGGAGAGGAUAAGAAAAGAAAUGAUUCUGAUGGAAAGGGGACUACACAGUCCAGUGGCAGGGAAGAGGCUCUCCAACCUCACCGACUCGGCCGGGAACGCGGUGCUCGAGGCCCUGGAAAAUUCCCAGCACGCAGGUCGCCUCAGCCCGAGAAUAACUUCCGCCUCGCUGCAUGGGGAUAUUCCCACCAAAGGCAAGUUCGAGAUCGACAGCUUAUUUGGGAACCACCACAACGACAACACUUCCUCCACUGAAGUGUCGUCCUCCGAAAGCCGGAAGAAAAUAAACCUGUAUCCUGAAGUUUCUCCUGACUCCGACAUGAACAGCGAUGUGGAAGUGGGCUGCCCGUCUCAUCGUUCCCCGGGAAGCAUCAGCCAACACAAGGAAAACAACAGUAAAGGUUUCUCGGACAGCAAUUCAGGAGGCUCCAACACAAGUUCAUCAUCUCUGUCGAAUCUGAACGGUAAUUCCAUGGGAAACAGCAGCUCGAGCUCGGACCAGGUGAGGAGGUACCGGACUGCGUUUACCCGAGAGCAGAUCGCAAGACUGGAGAAAGAAUUUUACAGGGAAAACUACGUCUCGAGACCCAGGAGAUGUGAAUUAGCCGCAGCAUUAAACCUGCCCGAAACAACAAUAAAGGUGUGGUUUCAGAAUCGACGAAUGAAGGACAAGCGGCAGCGGCUUGCCAUGUCCUGGCCACAUCCCGCCGAUCCCAGCUUCUACACCUAUAUGAUGACGCACGCCGCCGCCACCGGAAGUCUGCCUUACCCUUUUCAUUCCCACAUGCCACUACACUAUUACCCCCAUGUCGGUGUCACGGCAGCAGCUGCUGCGGCAGCCGCCUCAGGAGCCGCAUCUUCACCUUUUGCUACCUCUAUACGUCCCCUUGAUACUUUCCGCGCUCUUUCUCAUCCAUAUUCGCGCCCAGAGCUGCUGUGUAGCUUUCGACAUCCAGGACUGUACCAGUCACCCGCUGGUUUAAACAGCUCGGCGGCUGCGUCGGCGGCAGCGGCGGCGGCGGCUGCGGCUGCGGCGGUGAGCGCGCCCUCGGCUACCGGGCCGUGCUCGUGUCUCAGCUGCCACAGCAGCCAGGCCGCCAGCGCACUGGGCUCCAGGAGCUCCAGCUCUGAUUUUACCUGCACGGCGACCGGGCAAAGGUCUGAGAGCGGAUUUUUGCCAUACUCGGCGGCGGUCCUCAGCAAAACCGCGGUGCCCUCACCGGACCAGAGAGAAGAAAGCGCGCUUAAUAGAUAGCUCACUACUGGCAUACACACU